UCCUUUCCCGUGUUCUGGGAAUGGGAGCAGGUCUGCUGUCUGUAAUGGGUUCGGCGGAGGAAUAGAAGGCUGGGAGAGAAAUAUCUCACUAUCAGAAGCACAAACCUCUCCGGUCCAGACUCUGCUGACUCCUGCCUGCUGGCAUAUCUGUCCAUGAUGGCGGAGGACAGCGAGUCUGCGGCGAGCCAGCAGAGUCUGGAGCUGGAUGACCAGGACACCUGCGGAAUAGACGGAGACAACGAGGAGGAGAAUGAGCACUUGCAGGGGAGCCCGGGCGGAGACCUCGGGGCCAAAAAGAAGAAGAAGAAGCAGAAACGCAAGAAGGAGAAGCCGAGCUCCGGCGGGGCCAAGUCCGACUCGGCCUCCGACUCGCAGGAGAUCAAGAACCCGGCCAUCCCUAUGCAGAAGCUUCAAGACAUCCAGAGGGCCAUGGAGCUGCUGUCGACUUGUCAGGGUCCGGCCAAGAGCAUCGACGAGGCCACCAAGCACAAGUACCAGUUCUGGGACACCCAGCCGGUGCCCAAGCUCAACGAGGUCAUCACUACCCACGGGCCCAUCGAGCCGGACAAGGAGAACAUACGGCAGGAGCCGUACUCUCUACCCCAGGGUUUCACGUGGGACACGCUGGACCUCAGCAAUGCUGAAGUGCUAAAAGAGCUAUACACUCUGCUGAAUGAGAACUACGUGGAGGAUGACGACAAUAUGUUCCGCUUCGACUACUCGCCCAACUUCCUGAAGUGGGCACUGCGCCCCCCCGGCUGGCUGCCCCACUGGCACUGUGGCGUGAGGGUCACCUCCAACAGGAAGCUGGUGUGUUUUAUCAGUGCUAUCCCAGCCAAAAUCCACAUCUAUGACACGGUGAAGAAGAUGGUGGAGAUCAAUUUCCUCUGCGUGCACAAGAAGCUUCGGUCGAAGCGCGUGGCACCGGUGCUGAUCCGUGAGAUCACCCGGCGGGUCAACCUGGAGGGCAUCUUCCAGGCUGUGUACACAGCCGGCGUGGUGCUGCCCAAACCCGUGUCCACAUGCAGGUACUGGCAUCGAUCCCUGAACCCCAGGAAACUGGUGGAGGUGAAGUUUUCCCAUUUGAGUAGAAACAUGACCUUGCAGAGGACGAUGAAGCUCUACAGACUCCCGGAUGCCACCAAAACAGCAGGCUUGCGGCCCAUGGAGAAGAAGGACGUGAAGCAGGUGACAGCACUUCUCGACCGGUACCUGAAGCAGUUUCACCUGGGCCCUGUCAUGGGCGAAGAGGAGGUGUCUCACUGGUUCCUGCCCCAGGAAAACAUCAUAGACACCUACGUGGUGGAGGGCCCGGAUGGAGUCCUGACCGACUUCACCAGCUUCUACACCCUGCCAUCCACUGUGAUGCACCAUGCAGUUCACAAAAGUCUGAAGGCUGCCUACUGCUUCUACAGCGUCCACACAGACACGCCUCUCAUGGACUUGAUGAACGACGCUCUCAUCCUGGCCAGACUGAAGGGCUUCGAUGUCUUCAACGCGCUGGACCUGAUGGAAAAUAAGACUUUUCUCGAAAAGCUCAAAUUCGGGAUCGGAGAUGGUAAUUUGCAGUAUUACUUGUACAACUGGAAAUGCCCGCCAAUGGAACCGGAAAAGGUCGGACUUGUACUGCAGUGAUCUGUCCGUUUACAUUCAGAACGCAAAUCGAGACCGAUGGUUUCACCUUUCCACUCUCGAACUCGGACUUUCUUAAAGAAGCUGUCCAAAAAAAACAACAAAAGAAAAACAAAGUGAAUGGAAACAUCACUUCAAAGUGUUUCUCUUAGCUCUCGUUUGUUUAAUAUGAGAACAUUAAUUCUGGUCACCCAAAAGUGACAUCUUUUAACCAUCUACAUACUGAAUGUGAAUCUUACUCUGCUUGUUGCUGACUUUCAUAAAACUGUUCUGUCCAUCCCGUGAAGAAAAUGGAAGUUUAAUUCCUUUUGAAGCAGACAUUCAAGAACAAGAAUAUCCCCACGUGUUACGAUGGAUUUUUUUUCAGGGGGUAGUUUAAAAAGUGUAACCUUCUACUGAGAAGGUGUGUUUGUAUCCCAGCUGAAGGGGAUUACAGCCCUGGAUAUUUAUUAAAUGGCAGAGAUGUGUUGAUGUUUGGGACAUUUAUGUCGAAGGAUUUUGUCCUACGGAAAAACGGAUGUCUGUUAACCGUUAAUGUCAUUUGCAUUAGCUGGUGGACUGGAUGUGUACAUUAGGAAGAACUCUUUUUCUUUUGUUCUUUUUCAGUGUUCUUAAGCUAGCAAUUAUUUACAUGUAGUGUAUUUUUUUGGGGGGGAGGGGGUGUUCAAGAAGGGGGUGACCGGUAGCUUCCUGUGUUCGUGGUGGCUUCAUCGUACGACUGCUUGGCCAUUCGGAUACAUCGCUGAACCGCAGCCCGGCCACAUUCUGAUAAGUAGACCUUAUUUAAUUAGCCCGUACAGUUCGUCAUCACCACACGGAGCAGCGAGGGGAAGUCGGGGCGUGGAUAACGGACCACGCUGAAGCACAUCUCGGCUGCUCCGCACCUGGUGGUCGUCUCACCGGACCUUCGAGCGGGGCAGCCGUCGCCCGAGUCCUUCCACAUCCAGAUGUCCUACAAAGAUUGCCAUUUAAAGAUGGGACCAGGCGCUGACUUAUGGUGAAGAUGCACAUGGGAGACAGCUGAGCGUGUGCGACAUGUUGGUCUCGCUGGCGCGCUUCUCAGAGGCAACGAGUAUGUGAACAAGCUGAAUUACGUUCCACAAUGAGACUGUGACACAGUGACGUCAGAGGUGACCCUGGCAUAGGUUAGGGAAUGCAGACAUUGUUGGAUUCAGCAAGACGUGUGUGACUCUCAUACUUAGAAUCAAUGUUUUAUUUAUUUUGGAUGGGGGUGUGAUUGGAAAAAAUUCAUUUUUUUUUUAAACAUAAAGGGAUGUCUAAAGUAGCGCCUGAUGUGUGAUGAUACCCAAAGUACUUGCCUUAUUUGAACAGAAGUUUUUUUUUAAGAUAUCAAACGUGCAAUUUUGAGAAGAUGCACAAAUUUCUCUCGAACACAGUAUAUUUUUUAUUGAAUUCCGGGCAGGUUGUCAAAAAAAAAGUGGUGCAGAGGGAGACUCGUCAAACAGCAUCAUCCAGACUUCAUUUUAGUACCUGUACAUGUUACCAGCAUGGAUGUCUGACAGAAUAAACUCUGUCUGUAACAGA